UUAUUUUGAAUAAACUUCCUCACAUCCGGUGGUGCAGCUGUCUCUGUACUGCGCUCAUUUCAACACUAAUUAAAUAUGAUUUUAGGAGGUUUUUACAAAGCGUCAUACCUUCUGAGGUGCAGCGGGGCGUCUCGGGGGAUCUUGAGGAGGAAGAUGAGCGCUGAUUCUUCACCUCUGACCCUCAGAGAGCAGCAGGACGGAAUCAGGAGGAUCGUCCUGAAUAAUCCCAGCAAGAGGAACGCUCUGUCUCUGGCGAUGCUGGAGUCUCUGAGAGUAGACCUGCUGACAGACUCUUCCUCGGACGACCUGCGGGUCAUCAUCAUAUCAGCGCGGGGCCCCGUGUUCUCUGCCGGGCACGACCUGAAGGAGCUGAGGACCGCUCAGGGCCGCGACCAUCACAGCAAGGUGUUCCAGACCUGCUCAGAGGUCAUGACCCUGAUCCAGGACAUCCCAGUGCCGGUCAUCGCCAUGGUGAACGGUGUUGCCACGGCGGCGGGUUGCCAGUUAGUGGCCAGCUGUGAUAUUGCUAUAGCGUCUGAUAAAUCCACUUUCGCCACACCUGGAGUCAGCGUGGGCCUGUUCUGCUCCACUCCCGGAGUGGCUUUAGGACGAGCUGUGCCUAGAAAGGUUGCGAUGGAGAUGCUGCUGACGGGCCGGCCGGUCUCGGCCCGGGACGCUCUCAUGCACGGUCUGGUCAGUCGGGUGGUGCCCGAGGAGCGGCUGGAGGCCGAGACGCUGGCCGUGGCCCGCCGGGUGUGUGAGAGCAGCCGGCCCGUGGUGGCUCUGGGGAAGGCGGUGUUUCACACACAGAUGACUCUGGGCCGGGACGCAGCCUACGCCUCUGCGGCCGGAGCCAUGCUGGAGAACCUGAGCCUGCGGGACACUCAGGAGGGCAUCCGGGCGUUCCUGGAGAAGCGCAGGCCUGUGUGGAGCAACACUGAUGCUGUGGACACAAACACUCAGUGAUCCAGAAAAACACCUAAGAGUGUGUCUCUGUACCACUCUAUGCUUCACAGUUGUAUUUAUAUACAAAAAAAAAAAAAAAAAAAAAAAAAAAAAAAAAUUAAAGUAAUAUUAGCAAAGCAAUCAAUAUUACAAUUGUACUGUAAAAUAAAAAUGAAUAUUCAAACAUUACUGUCUUAUCAAAUAAGAUUGCCAAUUCAUAUAAUUUUUCUGUAUAUUAUGUAAAAAUUAAUAAAAUGAAAUAAAAAAAAAAAAAUAAUCAAAUAAUAUUAUCAUUACUGUAUAAAAGAAGGCUGGAUAUUGGAAUUGUACUGCAAAAUAAAAAUGGAUAUUUGAUCA